UUGUAGUUGUAUUUGGCCAGUGUGUCUUUGCAUUUCGCUUUUAUUAUCGUUCUGCGACGGACGGCGGCGACGUUGAAGAAAUUCCUGGCCGAUUUCUUCUUCAUCAUCCUGUGUAAAUAAUUGUAAUUUAAAUAAUCUAAAUUUCGUAUUUAACGAAAGCACACACACCAUCAAAUCAAUGGAAAUGCAAACGAGAAGGCUUUUUUAAGUGCAUGUUUUGUGUAUAUUUUCAUCAUUAAAACGUCGUGUAAAUUAAAAUUCAUCCUAAUUAUAAUUAAUAAACUACAUUAAUAAACGGAAAUUCCACAAUUCUCAACAAGAAAUCUGUAAAAAUUCAAGUUUUAACCAAUUCUCAUACGUAAUUAAAUAAAUAAAGUUCAGUUUUGUUAAGUCCCAAAAACAACAGCUGUGCAACUGUGUAAAAUAUUAUUCAUAAUUUUGUGUAAAUUUAUGUAAAAAAAAAAAAAAAAACAAACCAACCACGACAACCAAACCAAACGAAGCAAAUUCAAUUUUUUUGAUCAAAAAGUGUGUGAAAAAUCUCAGCAAAGCCUGUAAAAUAAAUAUUAAAUAUAUUAAGCAAAAAGUGUGGUUUCUUUUACAACAAAAUAAAUAAAAGCAAAAAACAAGUGUAAAUCUGAAGCGAAAAUUAAAAAAAAAUUAUAUGUAACAUUUGUGAAUAUUUCCGAGCGAAUAGUGUUGCAAAACGCGCGUGUGGUUCUUUGUGCUGCAAGUUAAAAUACAAUUCAAGUUGGCAAUACGCGCAAAAUUGUCAGCUGCGAUAGCUAGGAAAAGCCUCCAAAAUUGAGCUCCUAACCGCGCCCACAAUUGCCAUAUCGACGCCCUCGCCGCAGCAGCAACACCAACAGCAGCAGCAGCAGCAGCAGCAGCAACUCUAUCAGCAACAUCAACAGCAGCAGCAGCAACAUUACGGUCCACCACCGCCCUACUUUCAACAGCUACACCAGCAACACCAACAGCAGCAGCAACAACAGCAGCAGCAGCAACACCAGCAACACAUGAAGUUUUUGGGUGGUAACGAUGAUCGCAAUGGCCGCGGAGGCGUCGGCGUUGGCACGGAUGCCAUUGUAGGAUCUCGAGGUGGCGUCUCUCAGGAUGCCGCCGAUGCAGCUGGUGCCGCCGCAGCCGCCGCCGUCGGCUAUGUCUUCCAGCAGCGUCCAUCGCCUGGUGGGGUUGGCGUCGGCGUGGGCGGAGUGGGUGGCGGUGUGCCAGGGGUCGGAGCCGUAGGCUCGACCUUGCACGAGGCCGCCGCCGCCGAGUACGCCGCCCACUUUGCCCAGAAGCAACAGCAGACCCGAUGGGCGUGCGGCGACGACGGCCAUGGGAUCGAUAACCCGGACAAAUGGAAGUACAAUCCGCCGAUGAAUCCGGCCAAUGCCGCUCCUGGCGGUCCACCGGGAAAUGGCAGUAAUGGUGGGCCCGGCGCCAUUGGAACCAUUGGCAUGGGCAGCGGAUUGGGUGGUGGUGGCGGCGGCGGAGCUGGCGGCGGAAAUAAUGGCGGCUCUGGUACGAAUGGCGGUCUGCAUCAUCAAUCGAUGGCCGCUGCAGCUGCGAAUAUGGCAGCCAUGCAACAGGCGGCGGCGUUGGCCAAGCACAAUCACAUGAUAUCACAGGCAGCAGCCGCAGUUGCAGCCCAGCAACAACAUCAGCAUCCACACCAGCAGCAUCCCCAGCAGCAGCAGCAACAGCAGCAGGCGCAGAACCAGGGGCAUCCACAUCACCUUAUGGGCGGUGGCAAUGGACUGGGCAACGGCAAUGGAUUGGGCAUACAACAUCCCGGCCAGCAACAGCAGCAGCAGCAGCAACAACAGCAGCAGCAACAUCCCGGCCAGUACAACGCGAAUCUGCUUAACCAUGCGGCUGCCUUGGGUCACAUGUCAUCUUAUGCCCAAUCGGGUGGCAGCAUGUACGACCAUCAUGGUGGAGCCAUGCACCCGGGAAUGAACGGCGGCAUGCCCAAGCAACAGCCAUUGGGUCCACCCGGAGCCGGAGGACCCCAGGACUAUGUCUACAUGGGUGGCCAGACCACUGUGCCCAUGGGAGCCGCAAUGAUGCCGCCACAGAAUCAAUAUAUGAACAGCUCUGCUGUUGCAGCUGCCAAUCGGAAUGCAGCGAUUACCACAUCCACUGCCAAGAAAUUGUGGGAGAAAUCCGAUGGCAAGGGCGUAUCCUCGAGCACUCCCGGUGGACCGUUGCAUCCCCUGCAGAUCCCCGGCAUCGGGGAUCCCUCCUCCGUGUGGAAGGAUCACACCUGGUCCACACAGGGCGAGAAUAUAUUGGUGCCGCCCCCCUCGCGAGCCUACGCCCAUGGAGGCGCCUCCGAUACUUCAAACAGCGGCAAUGCGGGCAUACUGAGUCCCCGCGAUUCGACUUGCGCCAAAGUGGUUGAAUAUGUUUUCAGUGGCUCGCCCACCAACAAAGAUAGCUCGCUUUCCGGAUUGGAACCGCAUUUGCGGAAUCUAAAGUUUGACGACAACGAUAAGUCACGCGACGAUAAGGAGAAAGCAAACUCUCCGUUUGACACAAACGGUUUGAAGAAAGACGAUCAGGUCACAAACUCAAAUGGUGUUGUCAACGGCAUUGACGAUGACAAGGGCUUCAAUCGCACUCCUGGUUCACGUCAACCAUCACCUGCAGAGGAGUCCCAGCCACGUCCCCCCAAUCUACUCUUUCCUCCACUGCCCUUCAAUCACAUGCUCAUGGAUCAUGGCCAAGGCAUGGGAGGCGGCUUGGGCGGAGUUGUUGGAUCUGGCAACGGAGUCGGCGGUGGCAGCGGCGGAGGCGGGGCAGGCGGCGCUUAUGCGGCCCACCAGCAGAUGGCCGCCCAGAUGAGUCAAUUGCAACCGCCGAUGAUGAACGGCGUUGGCGGCGGAAUGCCAAUGGCAGCACAGUCACCAAUGUUGAAUCACCAGGCAGCUGGACCCAAUCACAUGGAAUCUCCCGGAAAUCUCUUGCAGCAGCAAAAUUUUGAUGUUCAGCAACUGUUUCGCUCGCAGAAUCCGGGCCUAGCAGCAGUUGCCACAAAUGCAGCGGCCGCAGCAGCAGCCGCAGCAGCUGCCACAUCGGCAGCGAGUGCUGCGGCAGCGGUGGGCGCACCACCCGUUCCCAACGGAUCGCUGCAGCAGUCGCAGCAGCAACAGCAGCAGCAGCAACAACAGCAGCAGCAACAACAGAUGCACAUGGCGGCCGCGUCGCAACAAUUUUUGGCCGCCCAGCAGCAGGCGCAAAAUGCGGCCUAUGCCGCCCAACAGGCCACGUCCUACGUCAUCAAUCCGGGCCAGGAGGCUGCCCCGUAUAUGGGCAUGAUUGCCGCCGCCCAGAUGCCGUACUAUGGCGUAGCACCAUGGGGCAUGUAUCCGGGCAAUCUGAUUCCGCAACAGGGAACGCAGCCGCGCCGCCCCCUCACCCCCUCGCAGCAGGGUGCCGAGAAUCAGCCGUAUCAGGUCAUCCCGGCAUUCCUCGAUCACACGGGCUCCUUGCUGAUGGGAGGACCUCGCACCGGGACGCCGAUGCGUCUGGUUAGCCCCGCCCCCGUUCUGGUGCCCCCGGGCGCUACCCGUGCCGGCCCCCCGCCCCCGCAGGGGCCACAGCUGUAUCAGCCGCAGCCGCAGACGGCCCAACAGAAUCUCUACUCGCAGCAGAAUGGAUCCAGUGUCGGAGGCCUCGCCUUGAACACGAGCUCGUUGACGGGUCGCCGCGACUCCUUCGACCGCAGCACCUCCGCCUUCAGUCCCUCGACCAUGGACUACACCAGCAGCGGUGUGGCAGCGGCCGCCAAUGCGGUGAACAGCACAGUGGCCCAGGCAGCAGCAGCUGCCGCAGCAGCCGCCGCAGCGCGUGGCAAGUGGCCGGGAGCGAUGUCGGGAGCGGCCAGUGGAGCCUACGGAGCCCUGGGAGCGGGCAAUGCUUCGGCCAGUCCCCUGGGCGCACCAAUCACGCCGCCGCCAUCGGCGCAAUCCUGUCUCCUGGGCAGUCGGGCACCUGGAGCCGAGUCCCGCCAGCGGCAGCAGCAACAACAGCAGCUGGCCGCCGUUGGUCUGCCGGCGACUGCAGCAGCUGCUCAGGCAGCGGUGGCCGCGGCUGCCAACAAUAUGUUCGGAUCCAACAGCUCGAUCUUCUCGAAUCCCCUGGCCAUUCCGGGUACCGCAGCUGUGGCAGCUGCAGCGGCAGCAGCAGCGGCCGCCAACUCGCGUCAGGUGGCUGCCACGGCAGCGGCAGCAGCGGCGGUGGCAGCAGCAGCCGGCGGAGUGGGAGGUGCCCCACAGCCAGGAAGAUCUCGCCUUCUCGAAGAUUUCCGCAACCAGCGGUAUCCAAAUCUUCAGCUACGCGAUCUCGCUAACCACAUUGUGGAGUUCUCACAGGAUCAGCACGGCUCGCGGUUUAUCCAACAGAAGUUGGAGCGGGCCACCGCCGCCGAGAAGCAAAUGGUGUUCAGCGAGAUCCUGGCGGCAGCCUAUAGCCUGAUGACCGAUGUCUUUGGCAACUAUGUCAUCCAGAAGUUCUUUGAGUUCGGCACUCCCGAGCAGAAGAACACGCUGGGCAUGCAGGUCAAGGGUCAUGUGCUGCAGCUGGCGCUGCAAAUGUAUGGCUGCCGAGUGAUUCAGAAGGCUCUGGAGAGCAUCUCGCCGGAGCAGCAGCAGGAAAUCGUCCACGAACUGGACGGACAUGUGCUGAAAUGCGUCAAGGAUCAGAAUGGCAAUCAUGUGGUGCAAAAGUGCAUUGAGUGCGUGGACCCCGUGGCGCUGCAGUUCAUCAUCAAUGCUUUCAAGGGUCAGGUUUACUCGCUAAGCACCCAUCCGUAUGGAUGCCGGGUGAUCCAGAGAAUCCUUGAGCAUUGCACUGCCGAACAGACCACGCCCAUUUUGGACGAACUGCAUGAGCACACCGAACAGUUGAUUCAGGACCAAUAUGGCAACUAUGUUAUUCAGCAUGUGCUUGAACACGGCAAGCAGGAGGAUAAGUCGAUUCUUAUCAACAGCGUGCGCGGCAAAGUUCUGGUGCUAUCACAGCACAAGUUCGCCUCAAACGUUGUGGAGAAAUGUGUUACCCAUGCCACUCGCGGAGAACGCACUGGUCUCAUAGACGAGGUCUGCACCUUCAACGACAACGCGUUGCACGUGAUGAUGAAGGAUCAGUAUGCCAACUAUGUGGUCCAAAAAAUGAUCGAUGUAUCGGAGCCGACGCAGCUCAAGAAGCUGAUGACCAAGAUCCGGCCCCACAUGGCCGCCUUGCGCAAGUACACCUACGGCAAGCACAUCAAUGCCAAGUUGGAGAAGUACUACAUGAAGAUAACCAAUCCCAUUACGGUGGGCACAGGAGCUGGAGGAGUGCCGGCAGCCUCGUCGGCGGCGGCAGUCAGCAGUGGUGCCACCUCGGCAUCGGUAACCGCCUGCACCAGUGGCAGCAGCACCACCACGACCAGCACUACCAACAGCCUGGCCUCACCCACCAUUUGUUCGGUGCAGGAGAACGGCAGCGCCAUGGUUGUGGAGCCCUCCUCCCCGGACGCCUCCGAGUCCUCGUCCUCGGUGGUGUCAGGCGCUGUCAACAGCAGCUUGGGUCCCAUUGGACCCCCGACCAACGGCAACGUUGUGCUGUAAAGGAAAUAACAAAUUAAGCCAGGCAGUCAAAGGAAACUUCCUUCUCGAAUCGCAGUAUAGUUUUUAGAAGCUGUAGAGCUUAACAUAAACAACAAGUACAUAUAAAUGUAAUCUUAUUUAUUGGAAAAGCAGCGAUAAAUGGAGCUGCACUCGAAGAUUUGCAAAGAGGAUAGUAAAACACACAUGCGCCAAUCUAGAGAAACAAAUAGCAAACAAAGAAGCACACUGGCAAGCAAAAAAGCAAAAGAGCUUAACAGCUAAAACUAAAAGAAAUUUGUAUUUUUACGAACAAAACUAAUAACGUUCUCAUGAAAAAAGAUUUCAAAAUAUUUGUAAAAUGCGCUCGCAUAAUUAAUUUGUAAAAAAAAGGCAUGAACCGCAAAGAUGAAAGAAAACAAAAAUGCGUAGUAAAUCGCGAUCAAGAAAAAAUAAUGAAUGUAAUGUAAAAUGUCAAUGAAACAGAUUUGUCUGCGUACAUUUUCGUUGUAACUUUGUAUAAAUUAAUUAUUAUAUAGCAAGUCUAUCUGUAAAUGAUUAAUGUUUCGACUGUAAAUUAAUAAGAAGACAACUGAAGAGCCGGCGAGCUGAAAAAAAAGAAAGUAAAAAGAGCGGGCUGCAUGAAUUAGCCUACGAUUUAUAAGUUCAGACAGAGGAACCAUUUCUAAUAUACAAACAUAUAUACGAGGGAUAACAGCAGAAGCCGCACUUAGUGUAGAAUGUAGAGUAAUAAUGUUUUUGGAGCCAGCAGCUACAAAGACACAAUGAAAACAGAGACACACGAGACACGCCCACGCCCCCUCACGCACACUCGGUUGCAUACACCCACACAAUGAACGACUCUUCAGCCCAUUCACGUUGCUUUUGCACUAUGUAAAAAUUUUGUAUAAAAAAAAACCCCAAACAACAAACCAUGUAAACCAUGUAAUUUUCAAAUGUUUCACUGUAAAAUGUAUACAUACUUUAUUUUGUAAAUUUUUUUUAAGUCGCAAGUAACUCAUACAUAUUCUAUUCUAAACCUCACGCAUGUAUUUAUAAUUUUAUACACAUUAGCUGGUGACCACCGAUCGACGAUCUGCAUGGAUAUUGGUCAGCUGGUGGCCAGCUAAAAGAACCUGUUAGCCAAGUAAGCCAAAAAUGAUAAUAAUUGGAUUUUAAAACAAUAACCAUCAAAAUAAACCAAUUUUUUUCAAAAUUUUCCGAGACCCUUUUAUGUUUGCUAGCCCACCUUAAUGUAUGAUAUAUGUAUAUGUAUAUUUAAAUCGACACUAUGCUUUCGCAACUGCACACUGAACGAAAUCAGGUGGAGAGUUAACUUUGUUAUGUUAGACAGAAAGCGCUUGUUGCUCCCUGCGAAGCUUGAAAUGCAUUCGCUGUGCGGCAUACUAAAUAAUUAACCAACCCUUCCUUCACGUAAGUGUAUAAAAUUGUUUUAAAACGUCAUCGAAACACUUGUAAAUUGCAAACAAAAACUGUAUAUGUAUACAUACGAACGAAUAUUGUAAAAAGUAACAAUACCAAGAAUUUUGUACAUUUUUGAUAUAAAUUUAGAUUACUUCGCGACGCCUUAUUCCAAAUACUAAAAUACUGAAAAUAAUGAAAACGAGAGAUGGUAAGAAAAUCGAAUUUAGACUUUUUUGUCGGUUUCGUCGAAACACACAAAAAUCCAAUGUAAAACAAUUUUUGGAGAUCAAUGUAAAGUGUAUUAUGCAUAUUUUUGUACACACAAAUUCGUUGUCGUGUCGUUGUUGUUGUCGUCGUCACCGUCGUCGUUGUCGUUGUCGUAUUUUGUAUAUAACAAGCAAAGGAUACCAGUCAUUGAACAUUUGUAAUUUUCUGUACAUUUCCCCCCAACACACCCAUCCCAUUAACCAUUAAUCAUUCACUAUUUACCAUUACCCCUAAUCCAUCCCAUUGAACAUGACCACAUUGCAACAUCCGUAUUAUCCUGUCUCUGAACAAGUGAGCGCAUUUCAAGCGACAGCGCAAGCAGGGCUCGGUAUUAUUUGUUUGGUACUUUUAGUUAUUAACUUGUCAACUGCCUGUCUCUAGAGCGCAAUGCACUGAUAAUUUUAAUUUAAAUAAUCCAUAGAUGAACAUUGUAUUUAGGAUUCUCGAGUUCGAUACGGAGUGAACAAUGCAAGUAGAGAUGCUUUCUGUAGGCUAAACACAUUGCUACACGCCGUGUACAUUUGACGUGUAAAAUACACCGAACACCCACACUCACACCGACACGAACACCAACACAUCUACACACCCACACAGACACAAAGGACACAGCGAGCUGCUUAGCUGUAGUAGUUAGUGUAAGCCAGCGAAUCCCUAUAAAUAUUUAAACAUAUAUACACGCAUAUAGAAUUAUGUACUACACUUAGUUUUGAACUUGACGUGAGGCAAACGUUUUUUAAAAAAGAAAAAUAAUGUAUAUGUAAAAUACAUGUGUAGAGUAGCGGAAGUGCCGUGGCACAGUGAAAUUUACACGUAUGCUGGCGUAUUCUACACACGCCCAGUUUUUACAGUAACAAUUUUUUGCACGCAUGUAAGACACUUGGGUAUACAAGUCGAAAUCUAAAAAUCUAAAGCGAAUUCCACUUAAAAAGGAUCAAUAUUUAACAACCACAAAUGUAAACAAUAAAACUUAAAAUGUACGAAAAACUCCCUGUAAACUUGUAAUCGUAUAAAGAAGCGAAUUAAGCAAGCAUUUCUUUGUAUGCCAAAGGCAAAAACAAGUGGGUCAUUUUGAAUUUGCGAAAUCAGAAAACCCUUCGGCUAUUGGUUUGAAAUUUUCGCAAACUAAAGUGUAAAAACAAAAUAAAGCCCAAUACGAUAAAGCCCUAUAGAUAACCAAGAUUUCAAGUAAAUAUAAAGCAUACCGCAGAAGCAAAAAUUUGUAAAAUUUUUUCGACAGCAGAACCUUGUAAACUAAGCUAAGGACAUAAAUAAACCUUUUGUAAUUUGUUGUAAAAAGAAAGGAAAGAAUGAAAGAAGGAAGGAUGGCGGAAAUUAAAAGGCAUGACAUGUGCUAGAGCUGGCGUCAAGUAAAACUAUAAAUUAUAUAUAAAUAUAAAUAUAUAUUAAAGCAUAUACAUACAUAUAAAUAUAAAUAAACAGUAAUUAAUUAAUUACGAUAAUAUUUUGUAGUUACACACUCGAACACACGGAGAAAUUCAAAUAUACAAACACAGAGCGAGACCUUUAGUUUUGUAAACCGCGAGCGAUUGGCACAAGUUAAAUAACUACAAUUUGGACAGCAUUGCAUUCGAGCAUUUGAUUUAACAAUGCAUUAGAUUUUUAUGUUUAUUAUUAUUAUACAAAAUACGAUUAAUGCUAAUUUCUUUGUGAAAAAAAUAAAACAAGUUUAUUAUGUAGCAAAAAGAAAACGUUUUAUUUCUCAAUUCGAACCGAUUUAAUUGUCUCUUCCUCACACCAAAAUGCACACAUCCACACAUAGUUUCAACUGAUUGGCUUCAAUGGAAGGCUGCGAUGACUACAAAACUGAAAUCAAAAUUGAUAUUAAUACGGCAUGCAAUUAACGAGAAUAGCAUUACAUUGAAAAUAAAUAUAGAUAAAUAAUAUACACGUACCAUAACCUCUAUAGCCCUUCCAAAUCUGCAGAAAAUGGCACAACAACCAAAAAUGAAAGCGCAAGUUCGAGGCAUUUUAUACGGCGCAUUUUUUAUAUAUGAGCAGGCUAGCUGUCUAUAUGAUAUUACCCAAAAAUGGUCGACUUUUAUAAAUGAGCCAGUAAGUAAACAAGACAUAUUUUUUUAUAAGCCUUGGCAAGCUAAACUUUUACCAGGCCGUACAUUUUAAAAAAAAUUAUACAUACUUAAAAGCAAGAAUACUAAAACCCUAUGCCCGAACUCCUAAAUAAAGUCGAAUACAACAGCAAAAUCCAUACCAUACCAUUUUCAACUAGUAGAAUUUUUCCAAAGUGUAGAAAUGUAAACCUUUAUAUAAAUAUAUAGAUUUGUAAUUGAACUCUCUAGUUGAGGUAAAAACACUUCUAUACAAUAUAAAUAAACUCCCAAGUCGGUCGUUUCUUGAAGCUCGACAUUUGGAAUGAACUGGAUAAAGUAGUAAAACUCAUGUAGAAACACAGCAGUAAGCUAAAACCAAACUAAAAGUAUAAAAUAUAGAUAAACUGUAUAUAGGGAAUACCAGGCAGGCAAACCACUUCAACUGAAAGCUAAUCUGCAGGCUUGGGUAGGUGGAGGGUCCGACUAUAAAGAUGUCUUCACCCAAAAAGUUUGUUUCAAAAUGUGCUAUUAAACUACAGAUUUCGAUCAUUUAAGUCUUACUUUGGUUUCCUUAGAUUUCGAUCGUCCACUUCACUUGGUGCAGUUUAAGAGCCCACUAUUGACCAAAGCUUGUACUCCAUUGUAUUUUGAAUGCCUACCCCCAAACUAAGCCACACAGAACGGCAGAAACGAGAACAUAAAGUAAUGAACAGAAAACUUGAAUUCAAUUAUGAAUGAUAUUAAAUGAGAAAAACAUAAAAACUUAUUAGCCACAUAUGUACGUACGAAGGAUGAACAUAACUAAUGAACAAACUUGUAACUAAAUACUUCUACAUAUUGAAUAAAAAGAAUGAUAUUAAAAGGU